AUGUCAACAAUCGGCACAACAACAACAAUUCAAACAACAGCACCAAACUCUUUAGUCAUGAAUCCAACAUCUAUGUUAGUAGAGAUGAAAAGCUUCAUUCCUUCUUCAUAUACUUUUGAAACAGAAAUCCAGAAGAUAAAGCAAGAACUUUUAACAUGUAAUUUAGACUGUAGUGCGAAAGAUGAAGAAAAUGAACAGUAUCUUUAUGACAUGCAGGACAUUAUUGACCAUUUACCCAAAUUGCCUGAAAUUCAGCAACAAAAACUAACCAUUCCUGAAUUCGACGAAAUUGAAGUGAAACCAACUGACUCAGUAGAAAUAAAGAAGUUCAUACGAAAGGUAAACUAUGAGUUUCUAGGAUUUCAUUGCAACCAUAAGGUUAUGGACAAAGAUUGCGACAUGGUAUAUAAGAACAUCUCUGACAUAUAUAAAUCUGAAGAAUUUAAGACCUACGACAACUUUGUUUCGUUAGUUGCUGAAUGUGUAUGGGAAAUAAGAGAUAAAGAUAGAAGAGGCAAAGUAUGGAACAAACAAAUAAAACCAGCAACUUUUGAGUUAAAGAAAACCAUUGACGCUUUAGUUGUUCUAGCAGGUAAGGUUUCAGAAUAUAACGCAAAAAUGAACCCGCAAUGUUCUAAAUGUAAAGCAGCAAUGAGGAAAUAUAACUACUCCGUCAAAGAGAUAGAAAGAAUGAGAAACGACUAUGCAGACUUAAAGACAGA